UGCUUGUGUGGGUUUUGUAAAGAACUGAACAGAGGAACUACACAACUAUCCUACAAUUAAUCUACUGGUUGCUAUUAUCUUUCCCCAAAAAAGUUAAGUCCAGGCUGUUUGGCCAAUGACAAAGUUAGACAUGUGGAUCAAAAUCACUUCUGCUUUCAGGAGGAAGGGAAAGGGCAAGGGCUCCCUGUUCAUCGUUACUCAUCAAACAUGACAGGAAGUCUCAGGCCCGCGGGGCUCAGGAAAGGGUGAUGGUUGCACAAGAAGACAAUGAGAAAGCAGCUGGUUUGUGGGGCUCUAGGAAAUCAAGAUUUGACAAAUGGCCAAGGAGAGAGGGGCUGGUUGUGGCUUUGAGGGACUCCCAGGCAACGCUGGACUGAAGUCUUUAGAAAAUGCACACAGAAACACGUAUCACCACAGAUCUGGUCGCACCACAAGUCGCAGGAGGGUAUUGCAUAAAACUUCUGCCUUCAGGAACAGAGACAUGAUUCUUGUAAGGCUGUCGUAACUCAGAAAUGUCUUUAAGGGGAAGACAAAACCCACAAAGAUCAGGUGAUAUGGAAGACUACACAGUAGUGGGACAAACAAACAGCAUGAGCUCAAGUCCUCACUUGGUCAUGUGUUGUGUGGCUCUGGGCAAGCUGCUUAGCCUCACCGAGACUCCACUUAUUCAUCCAAAGAAUGGGGCCAGUCGUUGUGAAUUUUAGGGAAUAUAAUGAAUAUUAUGUGGCCAAAUGGGUGACUGAUACAGAAGAGAAGUCAUGAUAGUAAGGAGGCUGGAAUUGUAAUACACAGGAAGAUGGCGGGGUUUACUAUUAAGAGAAGAAAAGCAAGACACAGAACAAUGUGGAAAAUACAACAUCAUUUGCAUGGAUCUGCUUGUUGACACAUUUAUAAAGCUGUCUUCUUGCCAGGCAUUGUUCUGAGAACUUCACAGGUAGUAAUCUUCACAAAGGUGCCCCGUGCUAAGUACUUUCAUUUUCCCUACCUAAUGCUGCAGCAAGAGCAGCCAGGUAAUGGUGCAAUUGCCCUGCUGCCCAGCAGUGGGAUGGGGUUUGACAUGGGCAGUCUGGCCUCAGGUCUUCACGCUCAGAAUUUCACCACACUGCUCUCUAAGACAAUACCAAGGGGAGAGAACAGAGAAGCAGCCAUUUGAAACAGAAACAGAGACUGUGUUUUGCAGCCAUAAGCCAACAAAUGCCCAGAGCCACCUGAAGCAGGAGAGACCAACUCCCUCUGACACAUCGACUCUGGACUUCUGGCCUCCAAACUAUAUUAAAAUGUCUGAUGAUGCUGGACAUCAGCAGACUGAAGAUGGAGCACAAAUGCCUGAGAUGCCCGAGAUGCCCACUAGUGAUUCUUUACCUGAAGACACAACAGUGCCCUACAGUUCGGCUACAGGUUCACAUGAGCCAGCACCGGCAGACCCUGGAGGAGAUGAUUUGCAUGAGAAUGCAGCUGGUCAGGGUACAGAGACUGCUGCCCACAGGCACCCAGAGCUGUCCAGUGCCCUGGAUCCCCCUCUCAGCAGAGAAGUGACUGAGGACUCACUUGCCAAGUGCAUUGAAUCUGUCAUCCUCGAGGGAGAACCUGGAUCUGAAAUACCCCUGAGGGAGCAGAACCAUCCGGCUGUGGAUUCCCCUCCACAGGGAGGAGGAUGGGCUGGCUGGGGCUCGUGGGGCAAAUCUCUGCUGUCAUCUGCAUCUGCCACCGUGGGUCAUGGCUUGACAGCAGUCAAAGAAAAAGCUGGGGCCACCCUGGGGAUUCACAGUGUAAAUUCCGGAUCUUCCGAAGGAGCCCAAACUGAUGCUGAAAAUGGAGUUCCCGAAAACGUGACCACAGAUCAAAACCCUGCCGGAAGCACCCCCACCUCUCCUCCAGUGGGCUCUGGCUCUCGGGGCAUGCUCUCCGCCCUCACCAAUGUGGUUCAGAACACUGGAAAAAGUGUCCUAACCGGAGGCCUUGAUGCCUUGGAAUUCAUCGGCAAGAAAACCAUGAAUGUCCUUGCAGAAAGUGACCCAGGGUUUAAGCGGACUAAGACACUCAUGGAGAGAACCGUUUCCUUGUCCCAGAUGUUAAGAGAAGCCAAGGAGAAGGAGAAGCAGAGACUGGCGCAGCAGCUCACGGUGGAGAGAACUGUGCACUACGGGAUGCUGUUCGAUGAAUACCAAGGUUUGUCACACCUGGAAGCCCUGGAAAUUCUGUCCAAUGAGAGCGAAAACAAGGUUCAGUCAUUUUUAGCAUCACUAGAUGGAGAGAAGCUGGAACUCCUAAAAAAUGACCUAAUUUCCAUUAAAGACAUCUUUGCAGCCAAAGAAUUAGAGGGUGAGGAGAAUCAAGAAGAACAAGGCCUAGAAGAAAAGGAAGAAGAGUUUGCUCACAUGCUUACAGAGCUUCUCUUUGAAUUACAUGUUGCAGCCACGCCUGACAAGCUCAACAAGGCUAUGAAAAAAGCCCAUGACUGGGUAGAAGAGGAUCAGACCUUGGUGUCAGUAGAUGUAGCCAAAGAGUCGGAGGAGGAAACUAAGAAGGAAGAAAAGGAGGAGAAAGCUGAAGAUCUGCAAGAAGACAAAAAGGAGGAAAAAAGAACUAAGACCAUAGAGGAAGUGUAUAUACUGUCCAUCGAAAGUCUGGCGGAAGUCACUGCCCGUUGUAUUGAGCAGCUUCAUAAGGUCGCAGAAUUAAUUCUUCAUGGACAAGAAGAGGAGAAACCAGCUGAGGAUCAAGCAAAAGUUCUGAUAAAGUUAACUACUGCAAUGUGCAAUGAAGUGGCUUCCUUAUCAAAGAAGUUUACAAAUUCUUUAACCACUGUUGGGAGUAACAAGAAGGCUGAGGUCCUUAACCCCAUGAUCAAUAGUGUAUUGUUAGAGGGCUGCAAUAGCACGACAUAUGUCCAGGAUGCCUUCCAGCUACUGCUGCCUGUUCUGCAGGUCUCACACAUCCAGACCAGUUGUUUGAAAGCACAGCCAUGACUUUGCACAGCACUGUCUAGUUAAAGGAAAUGGCAGGCAACAGCGUUUCAGAGUGCACCUUAAAGGGGAUGUUUCUGAUGCAACUGGCCAGGCCACCCAUCCUAGAACACUACAAGCAGUUUUGCACAGGCAAUGUUGAGAGUGAAGGUUUAAAAGGGGUUAACGUUUUUCUUAUUGUAUAUGGUUGUUUUUUGCUUUCUUCAUGUUAAUUUAAACUUACAUAGUUUAUAUUGAAAGUUUCCUUUAAUCUAAAAUUCAUUCACAUAUGUACAUGUCUGUUUUUCCUGGUCAAGCAUGCUAUAUUUAGAGAUUCAUAGGCAGACCCUGGAUUUUUUUUAAAAUCUUAAAUUUGUACCUUUAAAUGUCACAUCAACUUUUAUACUGAACUUCAUUUUGUUACCUAAAUGUCAUGGGCAAACGUAACACUACUUUUAGAUUUUUAUCUGUUGUGGUAUAAGAGAAACAUGAUAUUUCUUUAUGAUCAUUCAUUUUUACAGCAAGCAUUUACUGAGCACCUACUGUGUGCUCACAAUAAAGGAGUACAGUCUCACCCCAGGUGAGAUGGAUACUCUGAAAGAGGAUUUUACUUCGAAAUACUAAUACAUUUUCUAAAUCUUAAACUUUGGAGAACAAGGUAAAUUGGUGCUUUUAAAGAUGUUCUACCCUUUAAUUUAUUUUGUUUUUCUUGAAGUUUUUAAUCCCAAACUUUAAAUACAGGGUAAAAAUAUGUGUGAAAAGGGGUAUUAAAGAAUUUAGUUUAAAAUUUACUUCUUACGAACAUAAGCACGUGAUGGCAUAAUUUCAAAGCUUAUAAGUAUUCAAAUGGAAAAUAGGAGGAAUUUCAACAUAGGAGAAACCCAGGACUGCAGUUUACAAAUCUACUACUACACUGAUCAUAACCACUGGAGGCAAAAGAUGAAAUACUGGUGUGUGGUUAACUGGUCGGUGUGUUGAUCUGGGAGGCUGCACAGAAGGCCUUCCUUGUAUCUGGGACAUCACAGUGGACACUUCGGAGCCCCACACACUCAUGACAGGUGACACUGUAUGAUGCUCCUGUCCCACAGCACGGCUGACCUCCCUAUGUGGAAUGUCAGAAGAGAUCUUACCCAGUGGCUCUCUCCAAGGCAAAGAAACCUUGUAGUUUUGCAAGGGCGAAAAUCCCUUGUUUACGUUUGCUUCUGUUCCCCUCCUAGAGUCAGCUGCCUUUGUUCCCUACAGACCCUGUAGGGUUAUUUUAGUAUCAUCCUGCUCCUCAUUAGCAUUUCAUUGUCUUUGUUCUGUAUUUCAUUUGUAUAUCUCUGAAACAGCCAAAUAGAAAACAUCAGAACAAUUUCUUUACAACUUGGAAAAAUAAGAUUCUCUGAGGAAUCAAUUAAAGAUGUUUCUUUUCUCCUUUUUCUGAUUGCCUAAUGUGUUUCUGCUAUUAAGUCUAGAGAUGAUUAACUGAUGAACAUGUUACUCUUUCCUCCUCCUACAUUUUAGAAUUUUUAUGUAUACAGCAGAGGAAAGGAAUUCAAUUUAUAAUUUCUCACAUGAUUUUUUUUUAGCAUCAUUAGCUAGAAAUGUGAAAGAAAAACAAAUAUUUUCAAGGGAGCUACAUUCCCAGACUUAGAUUUUAAGCCUAACUACACCCACUUUAUGCAAAGGAAAUAUUUGAUAUAAAAUAAAGUAGAAAUUUUUAAAAGAACAAGAGAAUUAUUUAAAAAUGUCAAUAUUACUGACAUUGCAUUUACCUUUUAAUAAUAAUGUCAAAGAUUGCCAAGUGAA